ACCUCCCUCGACACCCUCACAAACUGGGCCCGGCACUCCUCCCUCUGGCCCCUCAGUUUCGGGCUCGCCUGCUGUGCCCUCGAAAUGAUGCACGCGUCGAUGCCGCGCUACGACCAAGACCGCCUAGGAAUCAUCUUCCGGGCCUCGCCCCGCCAAUCCGACGUCAUGAUCGUCGCCGGCACCGUCACCAACAAAAUGGCCCCUGCGUUGCGUCAAUGCUACGACCAAAUGCCCGACCCAAAGUGGGUGAUUAGUAUGGGCAGCUGUGCGAAUGGUGGCGGGUAUUAUCAUUAUAGUUAUAGUGUGGUGAGGGGUGUGGAUCGGGUUGUUCCAGUCGAUGUGUAUGUUCCCGGGUGUCCGCCGACGGCGGAGGCGUUGUUGUAUGGGGUUUUGAGGUUGAAGGGGAAGAUUAGGAGGAUGAGGGUUACGAGGAUGUGGUAUCGA